AUGCCUGAGGGGCAAGAAAAUCAAGUCACCAGUGUUAGAAGUUGCUAUGAUGAAGGGAAACGUGUGGCAGAAACUCUAAUGUUUGAUUAUCAUAGACAACAUGGGAUUGAAAUCCGAAUUGCUCGAAUUUUUAACACAUACGGUCCUCGCAUGAACAUAGACGACGGUCGUGUUGUCAGCAACUUUAUUGCUCAGGCAUUGAGAGGGGAACCGCUAACAGUUCAAUUACCUGGUACUCAAACUCGAAGUUUCUGUUAUGUUUCUGAUAUGGUUGAUGGUCUCAUCCGAUUGAUGGAAGGAGAUAAUAUUGGUCCUAUCAACAUAGGAAAUCCAGGUGAAUUCACAAUGAUAGAACUAGCUGAAACUGUGAAAGAGUUAAUUAAUCCGGAAGUGACUGUGAAGAGAGUGGAGAAUACUCCUGAUGACCCUCGCCAGAGGAAACCGGACAUUACCAAGGCGAAGACAUUACUGGGAUGGGAACCUAAGGUCAGUUUACGCCAAGGCCUUCCUCUAAUGGAAGAGGACUUCAGGCAGAGGCUGGGCUUGUCGGAGAACAAGGUUGAAGCAAAAGUCUAAGCAUCAAAAUCUUCUUUACUGGCUACAAAUGAAAUGAGAUUGAGUUUGGAUUUAUGUGUUUUAUUCUACAAAUAUAAUACUUGUUUUCUUAUGUUAACGGUAUAUGAGUUUUACAGUUUGAAAUAUGUUUGGGAACGGGAUUUUUUUUUU